AUGCUUCCAAACUUUCUGGGCGAAGUUCCAAUUCAUCGCGUACCUGCAUGUCAGCGGAAACCCUUGUCAUACCUGUUGAGGAUUAACUUCGUUACCCAGUCUGGAUCAUCUCACGUUGCCCCUUGUGACUGUAUUUUACCCAGAUAUCUCGUCAGCGGAUUCAUUUUGAACGUCAAGGAGGCAUUUGGCCAAUUAAAGCGCCAAUUCCACGCACUUCAAUCAGGUCUUAGAUACGGACCAAAAAGGUCUUCUCGGCUCAUAGCUACCGCAAUUUGUCUGAGGAAUGCGGCGAUCUUUUUAAGAGAACCGCCUCCGUACGAAGAUGAGGGGAUAGUUUGGGAUAACGAGGCCGGAGAAAAUGCGGAAGACCUCAGAAGUGGUAAUGAAGUCAUCAACAGCAUCGUAGAAAAUUACUUCACAUAAGAUAAAGUUGUUUCUUUUAGUCCUAUUUUUAUAUCGAUCACUUUCUUAAUCUUCAUUGUGGCUUACGCAAUAAUUUUUGAGCGCGCACUUUGGAGCGCAAGUAAUUUGAAUGGUGGUCUGAUCAAUAGUCUUAAGAGGACAGAUAACAACUUUUAUUGAGCUAUACGUCUGCUAAGGGUCAGAGCAUGUGAACCCGUCAUGU